AGGAAGUGACGUGAAGCGGCGGUGCGGCCUAGGCAUUGCUGACCGAACGUGGGCUGGUAUGUCGGCUUUGACGCGUGUAGCGCCUUUAGCGCGCGUUGGAGGCCACUUCUUUAGGGGCCUACGCGCGCGGGCGGCUGGAGGUGCUGGAGUCCGUCAUGCUGGUGGAGGUGUGCAUAUCGAGCCCCAGUACAGGCAGUUUCCCCAGCUGACCAGAUCCCAGGUGAUCAAGGCAGAGUUCUUCAGUGCAACCAUGUGGUUCUGGAUUCUCUGGCGCUUUUGGCAUGACUCAGAUGCCGUGCUGGGUCACUUUCCAUAUCCAGAUCCUUCUCAGUGGACGGAUGAAGAAUUAGGUAUACUUCCUGAUGAUGAAGACUGAAAAUGUAGACUCAACUCUUUCCAAGAACCAGGUGAGAAUUUCAAGAAGUUACAGACAUCAUACUGUAUAUUAAGUUGUAAAUUAAAGUUUUGGUCAAGAAUGAGGAACUGAGUUAUGGAUAUUUCUGGUAAUGACAACCACCCUUUAUGGAUUAUUUCCUGUGCUCCCAACUGCUGUGCUAACUGGUUAUAGCCCGUUUGGUAGGUCUUCUUGGGUACCCCAUGGUGUCGAUAGAUAAGCCUUAGUGCCAUUUAUCAGUGAGGACAUCGAGGUUCAAGGAAAUGAAGUAACUUGCUUAGGGUCACACACUGAUGAGUGAUGACAUUAGGUCUGACCCCACGCUUAACUACAGUGCCAUACUGCCUACCUCCUUAGCUGAUGUCUUAGUCGUAUGUACACUGACAGUUUAUGUGAAACUCUUGCCAUUUCUCUACUGCUAGUGUAUUCUUGCCCAAGUAUACAGAGGUUUGAAGUCGGUGUGGUCCAUCUGUUGUGUUUAUGUAUCUCUUGUGGGCUGGGCAUUGUGUUGAGUCACCAUUUGUGGAACUCUUAAGACACACGUCUAACUAGGAAUUCUUAGGGACCAGAGGAAUGUGAGAUAAGGGUGAAAUAGGAUGAUGUAGUUUUUCAAAAAUUUGUUUCAAAAGUAUUUUUCAGCCUUCUGUAGCAUCACAAUUCUGAGAGGAGGUAGGACAGAAUUUUCUUCUAUCUACAGAUAAAAAUAUGCAGUAGAGGGGCUUCCCUGGUGGCGCAGUGGUUGAGAGUCCGCCUGCCGAUGCAGGGGACACGGGUUCGUGCCCCGGUCCGGGAAGAUCCCACAUGCCACGGAGCGGCUGGGCCCGUGAGCCAUGGCCACUGAGCCUGCGCAUCCGGAGCCUGUGCUCUGCAACGGGAGAGGCCACAACAGUGAGAGGCCCGUGUACCGCCAAAAAAAAAAUGCAGUAGAGUGGCUUAAUGACUUGCCCAGAAGCAUAACUAUUCAUAUUUUUAAUUUAGGUUUUUGACCACCUAGGUGUUGGGAAUACCAUGCUAAACAAGACAGAUGAGAACGUAGAUUUUAGGAAGGGCAGACAAGUAGAUAAGUGAGAUUUACUAAUUGCUGUGAAGGAAAUAACAUUGGGUGCCAGAGAUGGUUGAUGCUGAUCUUUUUGGUGGGCGGGGAAGACAUCUGAGCUGAAACCUGAACAAGUAGCAGGAACCAGUUGUGCGGGGUCUGAAGGAAGAGUGCCUCAGGGACAAGGAAUAGCGAGAACCAAGGUCUAGGGAGGGACCAAGGUCACCAUGUUUAAGGGACAGAAAGUCCAGUGGGGUUCCAGCAGGGGAGGAGAGGGUGGGACUAGAUGAGAUAAUAGGUCAUGGUUGCAGGUUUAGAUUUUAUGUUAAAUGCAGUGAGAAAGCUUCUGACAGGCUCUAGGCAGGGGGUGGUCCAAUUCGAGUUCCUAGUUCUUAGGUUUUUCACAUCCCCCCUUUGGUUCUCCCUAGGUGUUAGAGUGGGCAUAAUGGCAACAAAAGCUAAGUGGAACAGUUUCACCCUCCCCGCUGCCAGCUCCAGCAGUCCUGAGCCUGUUGCACAGGGUGUCUGAGGCUCUCCUUGGUUUUGUGUUUACUCACCUGUGUAGGAGUGUGCUGUCUCACCUGAUAAAUAUUUAUGGUCUUUAAAAGACCGUUAGAUCUCUGUGUACUUUUUAGGUUUCAUUUAUUUGUUGUUCUCCACUGCCGCCACCCCCUGCCACCCCCGCCCCGAUGGAUGAAAGUUGUUUCGGGAAGGAAUACAAUCUGCAACAGUGAACUCAAGUAGGAUAAUCCCAUUAGCUUUUUUCCUUAGAAAUCAAUCAGAGUUGCUUGACUUGAAUUAAAAAAUAACUUUAAAACUAGCAGUCUUCUAAAGUUGGCCAGUGUGGCCUCCACAUGCUGGAUCCUCUUUUCCAUACCUGGGCUGUGAAAUCAGUUUGCACUGAUGCAGAAAUUGUCCCAGCCCAAGGAAUAGGCCUCCACCCUCCUCAUAUUCUUUCCAUUUUAUAGAUGAGUAAGUUGAGCUGUAGAUAGGUAACUUGCCCAAGCUACAAGUUAAGAGAACUGAGGUUCAAAUCCUGGUUGUCUGGCUGUAGGUCUGAGUGAGGUAGAUGGUGUAAAGCUUUUUGAUCAUGACCUACCUACUCUAAGAAAUAAUUUUACAUUGUGACCUAGUGUGUGGGUGUAUGUAUACAUAUGUACGUAAAUAAUACAAAAGUUUUAUGAAAACUUAUGUUACAUUUUCUUUUAUAUUCUAUUCUACAUUUUAAAAAAUGGUUGAGACUGAUUUUACUACCCACUAAUGGGUUUCAACCUGCAGUUUGAAAAACUGGCACAGUGCUUGAGGAACUCAGGCUCUGGAGCCAAACUUGCUUGGUCUGACUCAUAGUUCUACCAUUUAUUUACUUGCUGUGAGUUUGGGCAGACUACUUAUUUGAACUGUGCCUCAAUAUCCUCAUUUGUAAAAUGGAUUAAAUAGAUUAAAUGAGUUAGCACACAAAGCCCUCAGAACCACAUCUGGCAUGAAGGAAUGGAAGCAACUAUUAUUUCUAGACCAUUGGGUCUAAGCUAAGUUUAUAGUGACCCUUGAAUCCUGGUUUGAUUUUUAUAGAAAAGCCUCCAUAUGGAGAUAAACUGUAAACAUUAUUUCAGCAGAUGCAGUACCACCCUUCUCCUCUGCCUAAAGCAAGACAGACAUUUAGGAUGACCUUUUCUUCCUUCCUAUUGAGUUGCUAAAAGUACAUUCUAAGUCAGUUUUAGUGUGUAGCCUGGUAGAUGGACAGAUGUACCUUCAUAAAUGGAAAGGUAGGCAGUGAAAGAAUUAUUGAUGGCAACAGAAUAUUAAGUGUCAAAUUUUAACACACAAAUUUGUAAGUUUACUAAGUUUCCUAUGGAAACUUGAGUGUAAAUACCACAAUUGAUUACCUAAUAAAGUUAUGAGACCAGGGAGGUACUGUGUAAGGAACACCUGUUGUGCAUGUUCUGGGAAGGUACAGAAGUCAUCUUGGUUCCACUUGCUUCUAGAACUAUUCUGUAGAAGAGGCUGACCCGGGUACCUUUUGCCACCAAUCUCAUCAGGAGCUUCAGCAGGACAUCAGUGUACAGUGGAGGAAACAGGAGCUGCCUGAGCUGGUACUGACCUGCCUGAGCAACUGGGCCUUUACCUUUUAUCACCUGCAUGAGCAGUGGGCUUGCUUGCCUGGAGAAGACAGAAGGAGCAAGUGGAAUACACCUGGCACAAUAUCCAUUUCUAGCUACAAACUCAAUGUCACUCAAUUUCACUAUAACCAUCAUCACAACCACAACAAAAUUUUAUACAUACAGUAUAUAUAAAAUGCAUAGUAGUGAUCUUGGAAACAAAAGUCAUGACUGAGUCCUGGCUACGUGAGCCUAGGGAAGUCAUCCCUGGGGGGAUUCAUAUUCAGUAGCUGAUGAGGGGACCAUGAAAUCUUUAAGGCUGAACCAUAUAAACUUUUUUUUGGCCGUGCCUCGCAGCUUGUGGGAUCUUAGUUCCCCAACCAGGGAUUGAACCUGGGCCCCCUGCAGUGGAAGUGCAAAGUCCUAACCACUGGACUGCCAGGGAAGUCCCUAAACCAUGUAAUCUUUAAGAACUCUUUUGGCUCUAACAUUUUACGAAUCUAGGAGAACUACACAGCCCAGACAGUAGGCCCAAUUACUACAGCCCCUGAUAAAAUUUCAGAAGAGCUAGUAUGGUAGGGUUCUUUAUAAUAGAAUUUUAUCACAAUAAUUAAAAGUUUCAUAAUUCUGGACUAAAUUUUAAGGAAAACUUAUAGAAUAAUGCAUUAAGAAAUGAAUCCACAAUUACCCUACUGUAAUCAUGUAUGAAGGUUAUUUAAAAAUGAGUUUCUGUAAUUAUUACAGAAUUACAUUUUUCAGAUGAGAAAACUGCAGUUCAGAGAAAAUACUUGUCUCAACAGCAUUUUAUGAUUUGCUGGAGAGGCAUGAAGACCAGAAACCAGAUUCCUCAAAUAUGUACCAUCUUGAAGACUUUUCUGUUUAUAUUUUUCUCAGACAUAGGGUUUCCAGGUAAAGUCUUAAAAUUGUUUACCUCUCCUCUGGAAACUGCCUGGUAAUAUGACAUAGCCUUGAUGAUAUUCUAGGUGUCUUUCAAGCUUUAUGAAAUCAAAUGCAUAAAAUCAACUCAUGGGGGAAGGUAGCCAGCAUUAAAAAAAAAAAAAAAGUGUAAAACAGGAGUGCAUAGUUUCAAAUAUAUGUAUUUGUGUGUACUGUCUGUGUUCCUAUAGAAAAUGUAUUACUGGAAGUUGUGUCAAAAAAGUUUGAAAGAUACCAAAGUUCAGAAAAUGGAACUUCUACAGACUACUACUUAAACGACUCUAUUACAGCACACACUUCAUUUGAGCCACUGGAGGGGAACAGUCAGAUCACAGCAUCAUAAAAUGCUUGAGAAUAAUCACCAACACCAGAUAAAAAACUCUACUACAAAAGUGUAGCCGGUGCAAUGUACUAGGUAUUCAUCUUGACAAUUUACUUUUAAAAUAUUUCUCAUAAAUACCUCUGCCCACCAAGCGGUAACUGGAAACAAUGUACACUUCUUAGUUCCUCCACUGCCUGAUAGAACUGACCGUCAAAAGCCCUACUUCCAUUAUUGAAUGUGACAGUGCUAGAAAAAUGAUCUUGAUAAAGACUUCUCCAUGCAGUCAAUCUUUAUUAUAGCAGUAUUCGCAUAUUCACAUCAAGUACAUAGAACUUUUUUGCCUUUUAUAUAGUACAGAGUUUUUAAAUAACUUUACACAGAAAUAAAUUUCUUCAAUCUGAAUUUCAGCUAUCUUUUUUUUAAUUCUCCAUGCUUUCUAUCCAAACUGAACAAUAUUUUCCAUUGUACAAAUUUACAUGAGAAAAACUCCAAAAUACAAGUGAAAGGACCUGAGCAGGAAAGAGAACCCAAAGUAUCAAGAAGCAGGGAUGGGGAAGAAUUGAAAAAAAAAAAUUCAAGCAAACACUGAGGAUUAAGGGACAAGAGGGAAACAUCAUCCGUUUGACUGAAAAUAAAUGUCUUUUUUUAUGAAUUGAAAAAUAAGCUUUAAAAAUAGUUACUCCUUUGUAAUUUUCGCAAAGCAGGUAUAGAGAGGUCUGUGGACAAUUAAAAAGUCCCCAUCUUUUCACUGGGCACACCCCAGACUCCAUGAGAACCUUUUCAAUGCUUGAGCGGAACUGAAGUGAACUAAACCCAAACCUCUGGCAGCAAGAGAGGAGAGGAAUGUGAAUGUGAAUCGCCAUAAGGUUUGGAGUAAACCAGGGGCCAUUAACUCACUGCAGUUAAAACAUGAAGGAUUUCCCUUUCCCCUCUCUUACAGAAGAAUUGUCCUCAAACCGAGAAAUAAGUGAAAGGCGGGGGGUGGGGGUGGGGCGCGGAUUUCCUUUUUCUUGGUCCAAACCAAAGAGCAAUCAUAACUACUAAAUAGAAUUCAAAGGGACAUAUGUUAAACAGUUAAUUUCAAUCUCCUCAUAGUUGUACACUCAUAUUUUAGAAGAAACAGCAACUGCUGAGUGAGGAAAGGGUCAGAGUGCACAACAAAUGAAUGAGCUAUGUCACUGUGAUAGAGUCCUUCAAAUCAGGCGAUAUGAAGGCCAAGCCGAGACUAUAACCUGUGGCAUGGCCAAAGGAAACACACAGGACCCAACAAAGGCGUUUUCAAACGAAGGAGGGAAAAUUUACAGCAUACACACGCAUACACACCCCUGGAUGUAAACUAACAUAACAUGAAGAUAAAUAAGACAUAAAGGUUAGCCAUUUAUGUUGGUAAUUAACAUGAAUAAAAAGGCAUUAUAUGUUUACAUAGCUGGUUUUAAUCAGCUACAGAACACAGGCAAAUGUAUUAGGAAGGAAUGAUUUUUUAAAAAACCCGUUCACAGCUUAGAAUAAAAAGCACACUUAUUGCACUCUUAACAUUUUAUUUCAGGUAAUUAUAGUUUAUUUCCCACCCUCACAUCAAUUCUUCCCUACCCCUAGACUUACUCCCAUACCCUCCCCCCUCCCAUUUUGGUCCAUUUUGUCUACACCUGUGCCUAGACUGUGAGCUUUGUUGCUUAUGCUAGUCUGACGUUUCCUCUUACGUAACACAUACUCCACCAAAACACAAGUGGGUUAAAAAAAGCUUAACACACAAAUGUAACACAAUAAUUCUCAAAACAAAACCAACUUACUAAGCAACUUACUCAUAAGCCCUAUCUCCACUCCUGUAAACAGAACACUUCCUCUGCUCCACCUCUUCAGUGAAUUUCAUGCCCAAUUCCCUACAUAGAUUCUGUGAUGAGAACCAGCCACUCGCGGGUGCUGGACAAUGUGCUCAGCCUGCCAGGAAAAGCAGAUGGUUUGCACAAAUCUUUUUUUUUU